AUGGCACGCUUUCGCAGCACCACCGGCGUCAGCAGCACCGUCGCAGCCGCCCGCGGGGGGCAGAGGCGCGCCUGCUCCCGCGGGAGCAGGAGGUCGCGGGGGAAGGGGCGCGCCGCCAGGUGGAAGGGGCGCGCCCGUUCCCGCAGGAGCACCCGGAGGAGUAGGAGCCCCUGGCGCAGGCGGAGGGCGUGGGCGCGGGGGGGCGCGGGCGGGGAGGACGCGGAGAGCAGGCGCAAGGAGCGGGGGGGGUUGGGGGCAUCACCGCAGGCAUGGCUCAGAUGGGACCUGGUGAUCUACCACUACGAUGUCGACUUCUCCCCCGCGCUCGUCUCCAAAGGCGUCAUGCGCACUUCGAAACCGCUGCUCCACACGCCCCUUCCUCCCAUUCUCUUCCUUCCUCUCCCUCCUUUCCUUCCCCUCACGCCCUUCCCCUUUCUCUUCGCCCUUCUUCCUCCCCCCCCAGGACCGGUCAUCUACCAUUACGACGUGGACUUCUCCCCCGCGCUCGCCUCCAAGGGCGUCAUGCGGGCGGCCGUCCGCCAGCUGGCGGAGACCUACAGCGCGCAGCUCGUCCCGCCUGGCGGCGCCCCCAGCGCCCCCGUGCGCCCUGUCUUCGACGGCAUGAAGAACAUUUUCACUGCCCGCCCGCUGCCGUUUGACAGCCAGGAGUUCCGCGUUGUGCUGCCCGAGAAAGACGAAGGGGCAGGGGCGGGGAGAGGCGGCGGCGGCGGAGGCGGGGGAAGGGGAGGCACUCGACGUGGCACUGAGGAGCGUCUGCUCACCAGCCCCACUCCCGUGGGUCGCUCGCUCUACUCCGCUUCCCUCGGCUCCUCCGCGCUCAGCUCACCUGCGUUGCUGGCCCACCCUGCCCUGUCUCCCCUGUCUCCCUUGUCCCUCUCCCUCCAGGCACUGGACGUGGCAUUGAGGGAGCGUCUGCUCACCAGCCUCACCCGGUGGGCCGCUCGCUCUACUCCGCCUCGCUGGGCUCCUCCGCGCUGGGCGGCGGGGGGGGUGGCGGCCUACCGCGGCUUCUUCCAGUCAGCACUGGACGUGGCCCUGAGGGAGCGCCUCCUCACCAGCCUCACUCCCGUGGGUCGCUCCCUCUACUCCGCCUCUCUCGGCAGCACAGCGCUGGGCGGCGGAGUAACAGCCUACCGCGGCUUCUUCCAGUCAGUGCGCUUCUCCCAGCAGGGCCUGGCUCUCAACGUGGACAUGGCUGCCACCGCUUUCCACCUCGACAUGCCGCUCCUCACCUUUGCCGCCGACUUUCUCGGCCGCGGGGGGGCGGGGGAGGCGGCGGGAGGGGCGGAGGGAGGGGGCCUGACACGCGAGCCGGCACACGCGCUAACCUUCACCAUCGAAGGAGAGGGCGAGACGUCCCUGGUGGCCUACUUCCGCUCCGCCUACGGCUACACCAUCCGCCACCCCAACCUGCCCUGCCCGGCCUCGGACACUCUCAGCGCCCCAUGUAUCUCAUUACCGCCCCGCCUCACACGUGAGCCAGCACAUGCCCUCACCUUCACCAUAGAAGGAGAGGGCGAGACCUCCCUGGUGGCCUACUUCCGCUCCGCCUACGGCUACACCAUCCGCCACCCCAACCUGCCGUGCGUGAUGGCGGGGGCGGCGGCGGCAAGAGCUUCCUGCCAAUGGAGGUGUGCCACAUCAUCGGCGGGCAGCGUUGCUGCUCUUGAUGCCGGCACACCUCCUGCUGAAGCUGAACGAGGAGCAGCAGUUGCUGCUCUUGAUGCCGGCACACCUCCUGCUGAAGCUGAACGAGGAGCAGGUCAGCACCCUGCUGCUGCUACUUGGGAGAUCGGCAGCAUGGUGACUCGCAAUGACUACCCCAAUCCUUCCCUCGCUUCUCUUUCCCUUGCGUGCCCCGCCUCUCUCCGUCGCUCCCACUCUCUCCCCCCCUCUGCCCCGCCCACCACCCAUCGGUGCAUGCCAUUUGGCAUGCUGGUGCAUCCCGGAGAUGACGCGCCUUUGUCACCCUCCCUCCCCUCGCUGCGUCGUGUUUCCCCACCCUCCCCGCCCCCUACUCCCCGCCCUCCCCCCCAUGCAGCAACCCCUAUGCCCGGGAGUUUGGCAUGCUGCGACCCGUACGCGCGUGAGUUCGGCAUGCUGGUGCAUCCGAAAUGA